UUUGGUGGCUGUUGGAGGCGUGUUCAGGUAGUCGCGGGGCUGAUGGUUCGAGGCCGCUAGUUUAUUGGUCCCUGGUAGCCGGAGCUUGGACCUGUAUUGAACUCUCAGCCCUGAUUAAUCAAAUUGGUAAAGUAUAAAAGUGAAGGAAAAGUAACAAGUCUGCACAAAUGCUUCUUUGCUACCAGGAACUGGUUGAAUCUUGCCAAACUGAUUUAACACAUAGCCGUAAUAGUCAAUCAGUUGGCAUCAACAAAUAUACUGGCUGGAUUUAAAAACAGAUCACAAGUGUGAAAAGAUUUUGUAAAAAGAUACUCUUCAUCAAAUAACUAUGGAUUUUCAACAUCGACCAGGAGGGAAAACUGGCAGUGGAGGGGUUGCUUCCUCCUCUGAAAGCAAUCGAGAUCGAAGAGAACGGUUGAGACAGUUAGCUUUGGAAACCAUUGACAUAAAUAAGGAUCCCUAUUUUAUGAAAAAUCACCUGGGUUCUUAUGAAUGUAAACUUUGUCUAACACUUCACAACAAUGAGGGAAGCUAUUUGGCACACACACAAGGGAAAAAACAUCAGACUAAUCUGGCACGACGAGCUGCAAAAGAGGCAAAGGAAUCACCAGCACAGCCUGCCCCAGAGAAGGUUAAAGUGGAAGUGAAAAAGUUUGUGAAAAUUGGCCGGCCAGGUUAUAAAGUGACCAAACAGAGGGAUGCAGAAGUGGGACAACAAAGUCUUCUGUUUCAGAUUGAUUAUCCUGAAAUUGCAGAAGGUGUAAUCCCACGCCACCGGUUUAUGUCUGCAUAUGAGCAGCGAAUUGAACCACCUGACAGGCGUUGGCAGUACCUGUUGUUUGCAGCAGAGCCAUAUGAAACCAUUUCUUUUAAGGUGCCAAGUAGAGAAAUUGAUAAAGUUGAGGGGAAGUUUUGGACCCACUGGAAUAGAGAAACGAAACAGUUUUUUCUUCAGUUCCAUUUCAAGAUGGAAAAACCGUUGCAACCACCGACCUUACCAAUUGGACCACCUGGGAUAAAGAACAGACCACCACCACCACCACUUAUGAAUGGUGUGCCAGCAAGAGCUCCCAUGCCACCAGAUGCCCUUCCGCCUCCAAGACCAGCAGGCAUGCCCAUGCCACCGAUGCCACCAGCUGGCCCAGUGCCACCUGGUCCACCACAGCUUCCUCCGGCUCCGCAGGGACCACCACCAACUCCGCAGGGACCACCACCAACACCACAAGGUCCUCCGCCGACUCCUCAAGGUCUCCCUCCAGCCCCGCAGGGUCCUCCACCAGCUCCACAGGGUCCACCUCCAACCCCGCAAGGUCCGCCGCCGCCAACCCCGCAGGGCCUCCCGCCGCCGCCAACCCCGCAGGGCCUCCCGCCGCCGCCAACCCCGCAGGGCCUCCCGCCGCCGCCAACCCCGCAGGGCCUCCCUCCGCCGCCAACCCCGCAGGGCCUCCCUCCGCCGCCAACCCCGCAGGGCCUCCCACCGCCGCCAACCCCGCAGGGCCUCCCUCCGCCGCCAACCCCGCAGGGCCUCCCGCCGCCGCCAACCCCGCAGGGCCUCCCUCCGCCGCCAACCCCGCAGGGCCUCCCGCCGCCGCCAACCCCGCAGGGCCUCCCGCCGCCGCCAACCCCGCAGGGCCUCCCGCCGCCGCCAACCCCGCAGGGCCUCCCGCCGCCGCCAACCCCGCAGGGCCUCCCGCCGCCGCCAACCCCGCAGGGCCUCCCGCCGCCGCCAACCCCGCAGGGCCUCCCGCCGCCGCCAACCCCGCAGGGGCCUCCCCCUGCUUCAGUUCCACCUAUGAUUAGGCCUCCACUUCCCAGUGAUUCUGCACCAGUAUCUGCACCUCCUACACCUCUGCCACCACCAGGUGUUCCUCCUCCUCCUCCUACUAAUUGACCUUUGUUUUAGAGAAUUUUGUGUUUUCGACAUAAGGCAAUUUUUGUAGAAAAUAAGUUUCCUUGUAAUUUUGGUGUAGCUGUAUUUCUUUCAGUUGUAUGGUACUUUCCUGUACAUCAUUUUCCAUUAAAAACAUUUUCCAACGUU